ACUCUCGUAACACCGGACCACCAAUCAAGUCUUCUAAGACGCCUUGACGGACUUGGUUGACGACCACUUCGGAGUCACCUUCGACUAACUCGUGGGCCAAGCAAUAUCCCUUGAUGUUGCAACCCGAACGCCAACAUCACAUGCCCGUCUGACCCACGGAUAAUAAGCUCAUACGAACACCCGGAGGCACAAACAGCUGCGUCGACGUUGAUCUUCAAAAAGCCUUCUGGUGGAGAGACCCAAGUGGUGGCAGGAAGGAUUCGGAGUAGAGAGCGGCGGGGAGGAGGGGGAAGAAUUUUUCAAUACUGAAUUCGAGUAUUUUUCAAUAUUGAAUUCGAGUUUUAAGUAGAUGAAAGACCAGUGACGGAAUGAGAAAUCUAAAUGAGUUGGUUAAAAUUUGCGUUUAAUGAAUUUGAACCAAGAAGAGGGCUAAAUGCUUCCACUUACUCUAUUCUCGAAAUUUGUUAUAAAAAUUAUAUGUAAAUUUACAUAAUUUUGAGAGCUGAGAGGGCUAUAGCUCCUCCUAUCAAUAACAUGAUCCUGCCACUAUGAAAGACCGACAGAGUUGACAACAUAUCAUCACGACAAUGAAAUUUGCACAAAUUGAUCAGAACUCAUGUACAUAUUAAUUAUUAUAUCUUCUACAUCCAGAGAAUUCGAAUACAAAAUUCUAUAAGUCAAAACCUCUAAUACGAUCUACGAAUUAUCAAGGAUUAACAGCUAUGAUCAUAUAUAUAUUUCCUCUUUUUGAACCUUCGGGCUCUUACUAAUCAACCCCAGUCUUAUGAUUUCAAUCGGCAUCUAAAGAAUAAAUCAAUGUUUCUUUUCUUUGCUCUAAUUAUCCUUAACCCUAGGCAUAAUAUUAUAUUGCUCCUCUUGCUAGUUACGAUGUUGCUUUACCCAUUUUGUUGUCUUUCAGUUGACCUAUGAUGGAAACCAUGUAGUCUAGACAUCAAUAAGAACUUAGCCUAUAGCAAGAGAACUAAGGAGAAUUCAUGAGUGAUUAAACACAUAUUCUAGACAAACAAUACAUCAUUGAGUGGUCUAUGCAAUUAGAUAGGGUUUGAUGAAUAUUAUACAAAGGCAUAUACGGGAUGACACUACUACGUACUCGCAUCCGAGUUGAAAUCGUUGAUCAGAUCAUUUGUCUUUCGAAAGCAUGCCCACAACACAAACAACUAUACGAACAUAUCUAGAGUGGCGGAGCGCCGGAGCCACAAUGAUGGCAAGCGAGGCUAGCUAUAACCCCUCUUAGCCAAUUCAGAUUCUUUCAGGUUAGAUUUUAGUCCCACUCGUUCAGAUUUAUACUUCCAACCUAGACUGACCGUAACGAGUCAGAAUUAGGACCCAAUACGGAGGAUAAGCCAAUCCACUUCUCCAAAGAGCAAUCCAUCAUAAUCUUGAUUAUGUUUUUGUGGGUAAUUACUUCACUCCCUUCAUAUUUAUGGUCAAUGAACUCCCACGUCAAGCAAAGCUUUUAUCAAGUUUGUGAAUGUAGCUAAGGCAAAAUACACAAAGAGACCCACCUCCCUUCAAAUCAUUCUUUAUCUCAGCAGCAUCUAAUCAUUUGAUAUUGUUUUCCCCCCUCCCUUUUCCUUUCUUUCUUCUUCCAUCCCCACGAUAAAAAGGAAACGAACCCUUCCUUCAGUUUCCCCUCCUCCAUCUUCUUCCAACACUACUCUGUUCUUGAGCCAGAGCACAGAGACCAUGGAGAAGAACAUUAACCCAGCUGGUGCAAGUUCGUCGGCAACAAGAGCCGCCGACAGGAAAACCAUCGAGAGGAACCGAAGGAACCAAAUGAAAGAGCUCUACUCCCAGCUCUGCUCUCUCCUCCCGCCACGCCAAACUACUCGGGAGCCGAUGUCGCUGCCGGACCAGCUGGACGCGGCGGCCAAGUACAUCAAGAAGUUGCAGACGAAUGUGGUGCGGAUGAAGGAGAGGAAGGACAGUCUGGUCGCGAGGAAUAGCGGACACGUCCACCGGCGGAAUGGCGGCGGCGACGGUGGCGGUGUGAAUCGGCGGCUGCCGCGGGUUGAGGUCAGGGUGUUCGGUUCGGCCCUGGAGGUUGUUUUGGUGACCGAGUCGGAUUCGUCGCCGUCGGUGUUCCAUGAGAUGAUCCGAGGGAUCGAGGAGGAAGGUGGCGAGGUCGUGAAUGCUAGCUUCUCUGUUGCAGAGGAUUUGGUUUUCCAUACCAUACACUCUAAGGUUGGAGAUGGCAAUGGGGCAGGGUGUGGAGCGACAGUGGGAAAGAUAUCCGCGAGGUUAAAGAAGUUUAUAGAGGAGUAUGAAUGAUAUGUAGUUCUAUUUGAAAGUUGUGUUCUUUUGAGGACUAGCAUAUAUAGAGAUGGCUAGCUAGCUAGAGGAGGAUUUCAGCUGCUCUCGAUGUGUUUGGUUAUCUAAUUAGUGUUUAGAUCAUGCAUGCUAUUUGAAUUUCAUAAGUGGUUGACAAUUCAAUAUGAGUAUCAGCUCUGGAAGGAAACCAAUAGAAGACAUGAUACCAAUUGAAAGUUUCUUCAUUGGUAUCUAGCUAGGCUAUUAUAAUUCUUUUGUUAUGGAAAAUAUCAUGAUGUAUUGAUUUCUACUUAUAUGCAAUGUUAAUUCUGGAAUUUCCAAUUAAAACAUGUUGAUUGA